AUGAUGCUGCGUUGCACACCCAUCUUCACAGCGCUGCUGCUGCUGCUGCUGGGGGCUGCUAUGGCAGCUCCAAUAGAACCCAGACCCUCCAAGGAGAUGCUGACACACUGUCUGGCAGAGGUGGUCACCGAGGUGCUGACCCUGGGCCAGGCCCAAAGAAGCCCCUGCAUAGCUCUCCUCCAUAAAGAGAUAUUUGAGACAGAGCCCCAUGGCUGUGUGUCCCCUGAGAAAAGGUUGCUGAGUGGGGACUUCAAGAAGCAGGAGGCAAGGGAUAAGGAAGAGGAGGAGGCAGCAGAGAGGACCCACAAAUCUGAGGUGCAGGAACAGGCCAUCCACACACAGCUCCACAACCAGCUUCACCAGGUGGACAAAGAAGAGGAUAAGGAAGAGGAUAAGAAGAGUUGGCCUGGGGAGACCUUUAAGCACCUGUGGAAGCAGCAUCUAGAAGGUGCUGAGGGACCCCAAAAGCAGGUGGAUGAAAAGGUCAGGGAUGAGGACACAACCCAGUUUGAAGCAGAGAAGGGCAUGCAGUUGCUGGAUGGGGAUCGCAACCUGUGGCAGGAGGCUGACAGGGGUGGGAAAGAGAGGCUUGGGGAAUCCCCACGUCACCACCAUUACCAGCAGCAGCGUGCAGGCUCUGAGGCAAAGCAGGAAGAGGAGGAGCAGGAGGAGCAGGCUUCAGAGCAAGAGGAACAUGAUGUAGAGCGGCUGGAGCAUAUGCAACAAGAACUGAAGAAGGCUACGGCCGUGCUGGGGAAGGCACUUCAGAGGGAGGGCUGACCCCACCUCAGCCUCUUCCUCCCCACAUACCCUAUGGCUCAGG